UGAACAUAAAAGUAUUAUUUGAUGAAUGUUUAUACUGACGUAACAAUCAUCAUCUCCUAAAAGUUUAUAUGCCUUUUAAUUAGAACAACUAGGGAAAACAGUCAUCCCGGCGGAUUCACCAUUCGCUAUAAGGUAACUGUGCGUGUGUGUUACAAUGGGACUUGAAAAAAGAACAAUCAAAAUUAUUGUCAGUGUUUUAAUUAUUUCAGUUAUAAUCGGAUGCUCACUCGGACUACUAUUUGCUUUUCUGUUAUAUCAGGCACCGUACAUAGAGCUAGAAGCAUGGCCACGUUUAGCUGAUGAUGGUCAGCGGCUCAUCCACUUUAAAACCGCCGAGCCAGGAACCUGGCAUCCUUGGGUCCAUCGUAUUAAUGGCCUUUUGAAUGAAUACGAGACCUCUACGCCCGAGGAUCCUCCCCACGCGCCGUGCUCCACUCAUCCUUACCAUGAGGAGUCGGGACGUUCGGAGUCCUGUGCCCAUGCUAUGCGGUACUGGCAUCCUUGCACCAUCGAUACCUUGUAUGAGUACGUCAGGGGCACUCCUUGUGUGUUCCUGAGGUUAGCUCAUAUUGAUCAAUGGACACCUCAACCGUACAAUACUUCAGUGGACUUGCCUAUCCCAAAUGAAAUGCCGGAUCACUUGAAGAAAGGCUUGUUUUCCUUGCAGAAUCAUCCAUCGGCAAAACUCGAAGACUACGUCUGGGUGUCUUGUAAAGGAAUGUCUCCAGCUGAUGAAGAAAACGUUCGUCAUAUUCGGUACAUCCCCGAAUACUUGCCUCCAGGGUUUCCAAUCAGACGGUUACGUACUGCUGAUAAAACUGACGCUAGCAGCUUGACUCCUAACGAUGGAGGGCCGCUGGUCGCUGUGCUGUUUCAGAAUUUGACACGUGGCGUGAUCAUCAACGUGGAAUGUCGGAUUUGGACUCGGGACAUCGCCUACGAUGGUAUCAGCAACAUCGGUCGCACCACCUUCGAAUUACUUGUAGACUAGUUUUAAGUAACCCCUCUGAUUGACCCCCUGAAGUAACCCCUCACCAAGCCCCGCCAUGCAUAAAAACCGCAACUUACAUUCGAAAAAUCAUUAAAUUUACGUAUUCUUAAGCAAUAUUCAAGUACAAACUGCCUUUCUAUUGCCUGGUGAGAUAGUAAAUUAUCCAGAUAUCUCCCGAGAUGCUACAGUAUUGUUUCCUUUUUGGUCCGAGUGAAGUCCGAGUGAAGCCAUAAUAAAUUCAUUUAUCCAUAUUAAAUCCAUUUAUUAAUAAAUUCAUGGCCUUGUAUUUGCAGCACAGUAUUAGGUAUAUCUUCUUACGAAUUUAAAUGAAUUUUUAUAAAUAACACCUACGCCUAUAUAUAAAAAUGAGUAUUGAGUUGAGUGGUGAAAAUUGACUUGGCCUAGCUCUACCGAGUCUGUGAGGCCAGUAGGUACCUACAGCUAUUUUCGAAAUGCAAAUUAAAAACAUAUUUAUUUAUUUAGGUUUAUUGCACAAUUUAUCAAGAAUUACAGAAAUUCAAGCAACAUGAUCUCCCUUAAAUUCAAACAACAUUUAAAUUGACAAUUACAACAUGAACUUG